CCUUGAAUCAGUGAUACCAGUGAGUUCAAGAAAUUAAAAAUGGGUGCGCAGCAAAAUCAAUCAGAGCAGCAUACCCAACAAGAACCCAACUCAGAGAGUGUUGAUUCCUUGCUUGAGGCUGCUCGAUAUGAUGACAUUGAUGAUAUUAAAAGCUUGGCAUCUUUUGGGGUUUCUCUUGAUUCCAAGGAUUCUUUUGGCAGAACAGCACUUCAUAUGGCUGCAGCUAACGGGCAUCUUACGAUUGUUGAGUAUCUUAUCAGCCAGGAAGUGGAUCUCAAUGCUUCUAAUGAGGAGAAUAAUACACCUCUUCAUUGGGCAUGCCUUAAUGGUCGCGUUGAGGUCGUUAAGAAAUUGAUUCUUGCUGGAGCUAGUUUAAGCCUCCUAAACUGCCAUGAGCGGACUCCAGUCGAUGAAGCUGUUACUCAAGGAAAAAUGGAUGUUAUUGAUGCAAUUAAUUCAACUGUAACCCAGCUGGAACUUGCUGGUGUUCAGGUUUCGUAAGCAGGAAUUCCAAUAUAAGGCGUAGAUUGAUAUUCUUACAGACAUCAAAGAAGGCGGGAAAAGGUAGUUUCUUCUCGAAGUCGAAAGAGGUGCUGCAAAGAAUCUUUUGUAAGUGAAGCAUCUUUAACAAUGCUUGUCAUUAAAUCAGUGAUACUAAUGGGGGAAUAAAGGAAAAACUAUUAGCUCUUCAACAUUCUAAGGUUCACCCACUUAGCUCCUUUUUGCAUAUAUUUCGGCUUUGUGUUAUAAAAGUGCAGAACCGCUCUUUAAAAAAAAAAUUCAAUAUUGAUGAGAAAUGAUUUUUACUAUAAAGUUAUAUAUCCAUUAGAAGAAUCAUAAACUUGUACUGAUUAAAGUAUCUUAUUCUCUUUGAUUGGUUUUGACUAAAUAGUAAAUAUUCUGUUUUUUAA